AUGAAGAUAUUCUUGCGUGGCCGCAUAUCGCUCGCGGCGAACACCUUACCGUCUUUCGUUGACUUUGACAUCCUGCCCCGUUUGUCGACACUCGAGAUUGAGGGAGACAUGUGGAGUGGUUUUGGAGCUCUGUUUACCGGGAGCACUUCGUCGUUGACGACAUGUGUGCUCAAGGGAGCUUUGGUGCUUAAUCAAGCUCUGAAUACCUUCUUCGACCGCAUUUCUACAAGCUUACAGUACCUGCAUUGCUGCGGUACUCAUUUUGUUACGGGGUUUACAGUCCGUCUUAAGAGUUUAAAGUAUCUAGCCCUACACAGGGUUGUGCUCUCUGGUGCACAAUUUCCUUUCCAAUACACUAACCUAGAGACAUUUUGUCUAGAGCCGGACGAGAUUUACACUUUGAGCAGCAAUUCUGACAUGGCUUUGAAUCACACCAUGGUUGCUGCCCUGGAUCAGGUCCGAGGUCUGAAGAAUCUCUUUCUGCGAUCAAACAUGGCUUGGCCCCCAACCAGAUCGGUAGUCGACGCCAUCAGAUCGUCCCGGAUCCACUUUCUCAUGUUAGACGGGACUGUCAUUCUUGACCCUUUCGACGAGCAUAGUGAUGAGGGCUACAGCAAUCUCCGUGCACUGGCACAAGUCGGCGGCUACAUCAAGCAUAUUCGGCCGGUGGUACGCAGUGUUAACUACAACCACGAGUACAGAAGUCGUAAAGCCGCCUUCGAACAUGCUCAUCUGCCCACGCUGUGUGUUCAAAUCUACAACGAUUUGAUAUCACAAGGCAGUAGCAUGAAAUAUUAG